UUUAUAAAAAAGAUUAUUUUUUUAUGUGUCUUGAAUUACUUAUAAAUGUUGGAACAAACAAAAUUGUUGCACACUAACAAAAAUGCGCAAAUUCGUUUUUGUUUUGUCGUUACAAUUUUUUCUAGUAAAAGCUAUACCAGCUCCUGAUAGAUUUAGUGGUUAUUCUCAAUACUAUGACAAAAAUCUUUCAAACCCUGCACUCAGUUUUAAAGAAAAAGCUAACGUAGAAAAACGAGAAGCACCGCCUCUUGACCAAUUUGGCUUUCUGUCCCCAUAUUUUAGCUAUGAUAAAGAAGUGUCAAAUCCAACUUUCAAUUUUGAAAAACACAAUCACGUCAAAGAACAACAAGAAGAAAAAGAUAAGAAUGUUAUGACACAUAUUUCUACCCUCCCUCCUUUUAUAUGGGAAAAGUUUAUACAAGAAUUAAACUUAGGGGUAAACUGCUCCCAUAAUAAUGAUAAUCAGUCACUUGAAACUAACGCACCUACAGAAGCACAUAUGAAAAAUAAAAAUUCUACAAAUUUAUCACCUAGCUCAAGUGAAGAAUUAACAGAUGAGAUUGUGGAAACACCUAAAGAUAAUGAUUCAACCAAUGAUUUAAAAAAUGAAGAUAAAACUGAAUUAUCAGAAGCUGAUCCAACCCAUUCAUCUAAUAAUUUAAACAAAGAAAAAGAAACUGAAUUGCCAGAAGCUGAUCCAACCGAUCCUUCUAAUAAUUUAAGCGAAGAAGAAGAAACUAAAUUGCCAGAACUUAAUCCAACCGAUCCUUCUAAUAGCUUAAACGAAGAAAAAGAAGAAACUGAAUUGCCAGAAGUUAAUCCAACCGAUCCUUCUAAUAAUUUAAGCGAAGAAGAAGAAACUAAAUUGCCAGAACUUAAUCCAAUCGAUCCUUCUAAUAACUUAAACGAAGAAGAAGAAACUAAAUUGCCAGAGGCUGAUCCAACCAAUUUAUCUAAUAAUUUAAGCGAAGAAGAAGAAACUGAAUUGCCAGAAGCUAAUCCAACCGAUCCUUCUAAUAAUUUAAGCGAAGAAGAAGAAACUAAAUUGCCAGAACUUAAUCCAAUCGAUCCUUCUAAUAACUUAAACGAAGAAGAAAAAACUAAAUUGCCAGAGGCUGAUCCAACCAAUUUAUCUAAUAAUUUAAGCGAAGAAGAAGAAACUGAAUUGCCAGAAGCUGAUCAAACCGACCCUUCUAAUACUUUAAGCGAAGAAGAAGAAACUGAAUUGCCAGAACUUAAGCCAACCGAUCCUUCUAAUAAUUUAAACGAAGAAGAAGAAACUGAAUUGCCAGAAGCUGAUCAAACCAACUUAUCUUCAAAUGCAUUAGAUGAAUCUUCAGAGACCACGGAUACAACAAUCGAAAGUAAAGAAGAACUUGAAUCACCAGAAGUCGAUCCAACUAAUUUGCCUGGUGCAUUCUCAAGUGAAUCUAAUAACGCUAACGAAAUUACAGAAACGCCCGUAGCUUCCGUAAUACCUUUAGAUGAAGACAAACUGAGAUCUCCAGAAAUUUCAGAAACAACUACAGCUAGUAGUGAAACCUCAAGAGAAGACAAUGAAUCAGAAAAAUCAUCAGAGUCGCCAGAAACCUCAAACAACGACAAAGAUAUUAGUAAAUCCCCAGAAGAAUCGCCCGCAAUAGUCACUGACUAUUUUCCUAACGAAAAUGUUUCAAAAGAAAUUGCUAUCAUUUAUGACCUCCACGACGCCGAACUCAACUACAAUAAUUCGAAAAAAAUACUAGAAUCUUCUAAAAACAUUUGGAAAGAAAUUUAUGGUAAAGAACCCAGUAAUGUUAGUAUUUUAAUUUCUUCUAUCGAUGAAAAUGACAAAAAAGCAGAUCACAUUACUAUUGACUUUGAUGGGGAAACUCCAAGGAUCAAAUUUGUUAAGGAAGUUGGAGAAAUUAGAAAACCUUGCUUAUGUUCACUCAGUGAUGAACAUUAAUAACAUUUUGCAAUUGUUAAUAAAUAACUAAAGCCUAAUCCUCUUAA